CAUGCACAGAAGAGAAAAGAACUCGUUGACACCCAUGUGGAUCUCGGCCAGCUUCUCCCUUCUCUCCAGACCCUCCACCCUCCCCCAACCACGGACACCGCCCUCACCUUCUCAUCCACAGGCAUCUUGCCCUCUGCUUCUCGCAAGUGCCUUGAUGGAGCGUAGAUUUGGCAUCUGGCCUCCCUCAAUGGUGGCCACGUCUGCCGCGGUGACAUCCUUGUCCCCUGAGGAGGGGACGCCCCUGGGCCGCCUGGUGUGGGGCUGUUCCGACUCACCGGCGGAGAACGGCGCCGCUCUGUAUGCUACCACUAAUUCCAAGAAGUGUGGCGGUCUCUUCUCCCUAGCGACGCGGCUGGAGGCUCUGGUGCCAACUAAAUGGCUCGCCAUUGAGCCGCGGCGGAGGCGCACUAUUGCUGGUCAACCCGCGUGCGUGCACGAAGUCUACAGAGCAUCCAUGAACUUCUCCUUGUCUGGACUUCCACGGUUGAGAUGUGAUUUGUGGAGGACCACCGGCGAGCGCGGCGGCGCAGAACACAGGCGGUUGCCAUCGCUGUACACGCGUCGGUGCCGUCUCGAAGUUUUGGGCUAUUUGUUCUGCGGCGAUCUCCUCUCUGGCUGGCGUCUCGACGGCUACAGGUUUCCAGAUCGGUGGCACAAGGACCUGCAAGUCUUUUGUGCAGAAGUUCCAGGACACGUGCAUCUCUGAUUCUUUCUCGUGGGUUCAUGUAUGCAGCGACUUGUUUUAUUUUUAUGUUAUGUGGGACCUGUUUUGGUAUUGUUCCUGGAUAUGAGUUCUCUUUAUGUA